AUGGCUUUCCUCAGAGAAAAUUUCUUCAAUGGCAUGAGGAGCACCCAACGAUGCGAGAAAAUGCAUCAGGUGUUGAAGUUAAACCUUACACCCCAGUUGAAACUGUACGAGUGCGUUCAAGCUUAUGACCUUGCUGUUGCUCGGCUCAGGCAUGAGAAGAGGCGGCUUCGAACUGUCAAGGAGCACACUACCCUUCUUCCCGCGACCCAAUUGCAGCCAUUAGAGAGACAUGCGAGUAAUGUCUUCACCAGGACGAUAUACAUCAUGGUCCGUAAAGAAAUGAAGAAACAGGAAAUGUACUACAGGUAUAAUGGCAGCGACAAUGGCAUUACAGCAGUCCACUACUUGAGACAUCCAUACAUAUAUUCGGAGUAUAUGGUGUCGUACGACAGGGCAACUGGCAACAUGAACUGCUCUUGCUUGAAACUCGAAAUGCUAGGUUUGCCAUAUUGCCAUAUGUUUAGAGCAAUGCUAUUCGAGAAACUCCAAAGGAUCCCCCAAAACUGCAUCAUGAAACGGUGGACUCGACAUGCUAAAGAAGGGACAGUGACCAGGGAUGCUGUAAAUACUCCCAACUCUAACCUAACGGAAAUGACACGGUACUCUCGCUUAAUAUCUGCUGCUAACAAUCUAAACUUAUAUGCAUCCAAAACAACCGAAGAAUUUGUCAACGUAUUGGAAUUAUUCCACAAUGAGACUGAUCGGGUAAAGGAGCUGCAAGAUAAGGCACAGAUAGACAGCUAUCCAUUGUCACGCCUAAGAGCACAGAUGGCUUUGUGGGGCAUCUUUGGUAGAACUACAGUGGUCCAGCCAAUAGGCAAUGCCAGUGAUCCUAAUGUGAAGCCCUCUGUACCAUUUGAGAUAGUAGAAUGA